AUGGCGGGUAAAAGAAGCCAACUUGCAGUUGAUUAUCGACGAUUAAAUGCCCAAUCUUCAGUCGUUCUUUUUGAUUCUAUUGGGAAAAAGCGAAAGAUUGGACCAUACUAUGAAGCCGAACGGAUAAUUCAAAGGCGAAUAAGGCGUCAUGACUACGAAUACCUAAUCAAAUGGCGUGGAUGGCCACUAGAAGAUUGUAGCUGGGAACCUUCUGAAAACCUAACACCGGAUCUUCUAAGAAGCUUUUCCAACCCUAUUAGACCAACUGAUGAAAAACUUCAGGAAGCAAGUUGCCAAUUUGUUACUGGUAUUCACUCUGCUCUAAAGAGUUCCUCAGUAUCCCCAAUAUAUGUUUCCAUGCAAUUAGAUGUAUGGAGAUUUAUCAUCUUUAAUAGAGGAACACAAUCCGAACAUCGUGGACAUCUCUUAUUUAAGCAAGAAGAUUUUACCAACUUUAAAUGGUUACCUGAGUACUGGUGGUAUUUUCUGAAUUUACAUGGGGAAGGAUAUGCAGUAGACUUUCCCAUCAAAAUUAAACAUUUAUUGUCCUGGUCAUCUGAACAUUUUGUAAAAAAAGAUGGCAAAUUAACAAAAGGCAAAAGAUUUCCUCUCGAGAAGCUCUGCAUUACAGUUGUAAAAAAACCAUGCAAUUUCAAUAACCUGCAUGCAUAA